CCCUCCCCCUCUCUUCCUCCUCCAACCCAAAGAAAAGAAAACAGCGGCGCGGCCACGCGACGCCGCCGCCGUUUCCCCUCCUCCGGCCAACACACACACUACCUCCGCCGUGCCGCAACUCGCCUCCCCUCCGGCCGCCGCGUCUCCCGUAUAUCUAUCCGCUCCCUCGACAACAGCACCGGCCGGCGGCAUACAGGAUGCUGCUCACGUGUCUUCUGAUGCCACAACCAAGGACUAUAUGUGCUUUCUUCAGUGGGCCUCCUCAUGUUCAACAAUAUUAAUUUCAGCAUUCGACCUGGUUGCCACCCAAGCCAAGCCUCGCUUCACUUGUUCCAAUCCACCCCUGCUUCGACUCUGCUCUUUUUCUUUUUCUUUUCAUCUUCUCUUAUUUAAGCUAAGCUAAGAUUCUGAGUCUUAUUGCAUCCAUCUCAUUACACUAGCUAGCUAGCACAAUAUAAUAGUUUGUUAAGGCAACUCUACUAUAUAUCAAUCAAUUUCCCCUAAUGGAGAUGCCGCCGCUCCCUCCUGGAUACCGCUUCCACCCAACCGAUGUCGAGCUCACCCUCUACUAUCUCAAGAGGAAGCUGCUGGGGAAAAAGUUGCUCUGCAACGCCGUUGCAGAAGUUGAUAUCUACAAGCACGCCCCCUGGGAUCUUCCAGCGAAAUCGUCAAUGCCGACCGGGGAUCUCCAGUGGUACUUCUUUUGCACCCGUGGCAGAAAGUACUCUGUUGGGCAUAGAGCUAACCGUUCAACCGAAGGUGGGUACUGGAAGGCUACUGGAAAGGACAGGCAAGUGGUGUAUGAAAAUCGCACUGUUGGGAUGAAGAGGACCCUGGUGUUUCACUCUGGCAAGGCGCCCAAGGGUACAAGGACCGACUGGGUCAUGUAUGAAUAUAGGCUCGUCCAAGGUGAAAUACCUGACGCUGGUGUUAGACUGGAUGAUUCCGUUCUCUGCAAAGUCCAUAAGAAAAGCGGUCCAGGUCCCAAGAUUGGGGAACAGUAUGGCGCUCCAUUUGAGGAACAGGAAGAGGAAUUGAAUGAUGCGAAUGGGGACGCUUCCUGUUUAUCCCCUUCCGCACCCCCUGCUGCGCCCCAUUCCGCCCCUGGACCAAGCCAUGGUGGUGUGCUGAACUCUGUGGGUCAGCAACUGGCUGGCGUUAGUAACGGCGGCGGGGUUUCCCUUAGCCUUUUGGCAGCAAAUAAUGGCGGCACCAGUGGUGCCCGUCCUGACAGGGCCUCUCACCCAGAUGUUAACUGGGACAGCAUACAUGUAGAGCAGCUAGCUGAUAUCAUCGGUCGUCUCUCGACCAAUCCUGUAGGCCAAGAUGGUCCAUCGUCUGAUUUGACGACCGCUAACCAAGACAGCGAAGCAGUGUUUGAUGACAGCGAAACAAUAUUUGAAAUAACGGACCAGGUUGUCCCUUCCUCACUGGUUAGCAGCCUGUGCAAGCAGUGUGACAAGUGUGGCGUGCGGCUGGUUGACCCUUUGCUGGAACCGGCGGCGGGAGAGCCGUACGUGGAGCUGAAUGACCUGCUGUCACAGUGCCGUGCUGCAGGGCAUGCUCCAGAUGGCAGCAGCAGCCAGGCGGUGGUGGUGUCGAAUGGUGAGGGCCCUGCACUGGAUCUGGAGCUGAAGCUUGGGGUUGAGUCUUCUGACAGCGUUGGCCAUAGUAGCGGCGCCGUGUCUGCAGCAGCUUCUGGAUCAGGGGCGCCGUCUAGCUAGAAGAAGUGGUGGUCUCAGGGGUAUUAUUAUUUGGUUGUUGUUGUUGCAGGCAUGGGUAGGUUCUUCAUCGGUGUGAGACGGUGAAGGAUCCGCAGCCGUUUUAAUUUAUUGGUUCCGAUGAUGAUGAGGCUGAUAGACAUGGAAGGGGAAUGUGUGAAUAUUGGGAGGGUCCCUUUCCCUCCCUCCCUCCCUUGAGUUUGUUUGGUUAGUGAUUGGAUUGGAUGGAGAAGCAUUGGUUUGGUUGGUUGGCUGGAUGGAUGGAGAAGUAAAAAAGUUUGACUGGUUGCAGGAGCGAGCAUAUACAGAGAGAGAGCAUGGUGGUGCUGUUUUGCAUUUCAUUAGGUUAGAUUAGAUUAUUCCUCUGGGCUGGGCUGGACUGACUGUAACAGCAGUGAGCCAGUCUAGAGUGGAUUAAUCAAUGAGAAUGAGAUUAGGAGGCAGAUGUUGGUUGACUCUUGACUGUUUAAUUGUCUGUUGGUUGUAUGGUUGUACCUUACCUGUCCUGACCUGAGACUGAGACUGAGAUGAUGAUGAUGAGGCAAACAAACAAAUUUUGCUUGCUUGCAAA